CACAACCAAGAAGUAUGGAGAAUUUGGAAAAGCGUGAAGAUAUAAGUAAUGGCGCCUCGUAAAUAUUUUGUUCUCAUUUUUUUGGUAAUCUUACUUCCUGAAUGUCUCACGAAAUGCUUAAACUAAAGAAGGAGAAGGAGAUGCAAAAGGCAAAGAAUAGGAAGUUUGAGGAAUCUAUUAAUCAACUGGAGAAGAGAUACCUAGCUACCUUGAAGACCUUCAGGAGCCUUACUGACCAGGUGCAACUUAGGGAAAAGCAUCACAGGUCUUCACCAAAAGAUGUUUCUCUUCCCAAAAGACUGCCUAAGACACAUGAUCUGUGCAAGAGAAGUGACAUCACUGCUGCUCAGUCAUCCAGUAAUGAUGAGCACAGCUUAUCAGCUCAAGAGACAUUUUUGGCUCUCAAGAAGCUGCGAGCUGAGGAGUCUGAGUUGGAGGCUCUGAAGAAUGUCAUAGAGGAGAAGAGAAAGGAGAGCACAACCAUUAGGGAGAGAAAGGCCCAACUGCAGAACCUCUUGGCUCAGUUGCAUCAGAAAAAGGAGCAGGACAUUAAGUUUGCCUUAGAGAUCAAAGCAGAAGAUGGGAAGAUGAAGAAAAUCCUGGAAACCUCUAAUAAGUCCCUUAUUGAAUAUGAUAAGUUCCUGGAGAAACUGGACCUGGAUGCUUUGAAGAUAAGGCAGGAUGCUAGUCAUAUUCAGCUUGUUCACCAACAGAAGGCUGACCUACUUGAAAAGCUGGAAGCUGUGAACAGUAGCAUCAAGCAGCUGGAAGAAGAUAAAGAAAAGUCUUUGCAGCAGGCAAAAAAGUCCAAGGAGAAGGAAAUGAAAAGCAAAGAAAAGCUCAAUGCUAGAAGGAAAAAAUUUCUUGCAGUGAGGAGGGCAAACUUGGAAAAGUUUGAUGGUAUGUAUGAAAAGCUCUGGUCGAAAGUUCAUGACAGCCUUAGCUUUAGUGAUAAAAUCAUGGAAGUGACCAAGCCAGAGACUGAGGUCCAAAAACAGGAAUUUCCACUGAUAAUUGAAUAUAUUCAACCACCAGAUGAUGCCUUGAUUCCAGCAGUUGAAUUAAUCAAAACAUGUCAGUCCAAGAGCCUCCAAGUCAACUCAGAGCUUCCUCUUGGCCAGAUUGACCAUACUCUGCAAACCAAUGAUCUAAGACUAACUUCACCAACUACUAGCCAGAUAAACCUUAGUUCAUUAACCACUUUUCAAGGUGACAGUGCUUCACUAUCCCCUGGCCAAAUAGGUCUUACUUCAUCCUCCACAGGUCAAGGAGACCUUACUUCACUAACCACUGGUCAGGGAGACCUUACUACUGCUCUACCCAUAGACCAGGGAAAGACUUCACCCUCUUGUAUGAGGGAUCUUGUACUACCAACCACUAAACAGAGAAAGACUUCUUCAGCCUCUUUUAUAAGGGGACCUACCCUUCUCACCAUUGACCAGAGAAAGAUUACUUCACCAGUCACUGAUCCAAAGGGACUUACUUUUCACACUUCUAACCAGAAAGAGAGUAUUCCUCCAGUCAAUGACCCAAGGGGACCUACUCUUCACACUACUAGCCAGAAAGAGAUGACUCCACCAGUCAGUGACCCAAGGGGACCUACCCUACCAACCACUAACUAGGAGAUUACUCCACCAGUCACUAAACCAGAGGGUAUCCAACUAGUCGCUGAGCAAAGAGGGUCAUCGACUAGUCUCUGAUCCAAUUGGAUCUACAUUUCAUGACCCUGACUGGAGAGGGAUUACUCCAGUCACUGAUCCAGGGAGAUCUACUCUUUCAACCACUGACCAGAGAUCCUUCUCCAUCAGCUUCUUGUCACGGAGACCUUCUUUCAGUCAUUGCCCAGAAAAAUACUUCUUCCACUACAAGGCAGAGAAACCUUUCUCAGCCACCAGUCACAAAGAUCCUCUUUCAUCCUUUGGUCUCUCACAUACUACCAGUCACUGAUCCAAGUGUCCCAUCUUCACCAGGGAUGCUAACUAGGGAGACUUACCCACACCACUGGACCGAGAGAGUAAUCCUUCAAUAUUUGUCUGCAGAAACCUCAAAUGCAUCAACCAUUGGCCAUUGAGAAAACGCUUCACUAGAUGAACUCAGAUUUAUCAACCAGUGAAAUGAUUGUCAUCAAUACCUCGGAAUAUCUUGUCACAACUUUUCAUCGCCAUUUCAUUAUUGAAAUAUCCUAAGUGUGAGGGAUGAAAGCCUGUAUGAAAUUUUUUGAAAACCAUAAGUUGCUCAGGAACAUGAAGUCAAAUACGUGAAUCUUAAUCUAUGAUUUUCUUAAUAAAAAUGUAAUUUUGUUUGGAAGGUUUUGAAGAUAGUAAAGCCAUUUAUUUUUAUAAAAUGAGAAUGAUUGUAAUUAUGUUGCAAAGUUUUGAUCAAGUUUUCUAAUAGAACUUUAUAAUUUUUUUCCUGUGCUUAAGUUCAUACUUUUUGUUGAAAUGAAUGUACCAGUGUUAUAGAUUCUCAGGUGUCAAAUUGUAAAAAGCUGUGUACCAUCAUAUGAAAGUUUUGUGCUGCUGUACUGAAUACAUUUGGUGUUUAAGUUAAGGUUGCAUUCUGUGCUGACUUAGUCUGCAAUUACAUGGGAAGAAUCAUAUUGAGUUAAAUUUGUAUAAUUUAUUAUUUACAGGCAUUUCUUAUACGUACAUUUUAUUGCAUAAUAUUUCUGUGUGUUAUUGUAAAGAAUACAUAUUUUGUUUACAGUUGUGAUUUUUUUUUUCAUGAAAAUAUUGUAGUUGCAAUUAUCUAUUAUUAAAAUAAAAUUUUGAUAUUUUCAUUUGGGAAUGUUUUGCAUGCUUAAUAUAGAAAUAUAAUUCAUAAACUUAA